CUUCGUAUUCGUUUUGGUGAACGUUGACAUUGUCAAAAAAACAAUUUAAAGAACCUUUUAAGUCAGUUGAUCACUCCAAACAUACGAUUUUGAUACUUUAUUUUGAAUAAAUAGAGUUCAAGAUUUGUUUGAUGUAAUCCAAGUUCCAUAGUUAGGUCUAGAUAGAACAACUAAAGUCAUCAAUUCAUCGUUCCUUUCUGUUGCCGAUAGUCUGCCAUGGCAGAGACGGAUGACGACGAUGAUCCCAAGGAUGAUUAUCUAUAUUCUGCAUUCAAGAAGUUGAAAGUUGAUCCAGUGAGCAAAAGCACUGAAUUGCGUGAAGACAUCAGCUUUAGUUCCUCAUCGAUUCAAGACCUUUGGACAGGGAAACCUGUGAAAGUGAAAUCUCCUCAUGAUGUAAAAGAGAAGAGCCCCAAGAGCAAGAUCAAGUCAGUGAGGAAUGAGAGUCCUCGCCCUGAACCAUAUAGCUUGGACAGUCUACCUUCCAUGGACAAACUCUCAUUCACAUCAGAAACAUGCAAGAACAAAAGCUGUCAGUGCAACAGGAAACAUGUCUCGCUGGAGAAACAUGACAAACUCAACUUUGCCAAAGUCUGCCCUGCCCCGACACCUCGCAAUGUUCUACGCGAGGCACGGCUCAAGUUGCAUCAGAAAGAGAAAGAUGAGAAGUCAAUCAUCCGGGAUGCCAGGUUGAAACUUCUCAAGUUCUAUAAACACAAACAUUCAAAACAGCCAAGUAUCAAAACGGAGAAAGUCGAGACGCCUCGAGUGCGACCGAGUCUGGUGGCACAGGCUGUGUUUGGUAGUGACAGUGGUGGGACAGAAACUUUAUCUUUUAAGGCUGUGGCAUUAGCGGCUGUAUCUAGUAAAGACACAACUGGUGACGGCUCUGAUACUGAGGAGAAAAGUUUCGUUUUUGGAGGGAAAAAUUCUCUUGAUGGGAAGCAUUUUAGUAGUUAUCGCAACUCUGGGUUUAAUUUUGCGUUGCCUAGUAGGUGUAGUGAGGAUACUGAUCGGUUUGAUUUGACAAGUUUAUCAAACGACCUUGGUGUACAGAGUUCAAUACGAAAAUCACCAAAGUCGCAAUCUCCUUCAAAGGAAGGUUCACCAGUAACAGAAACAUCACGUCUUAGUCGCACGUGUUCACAAGAGGCUCGCUUGGAUGACAUGUCUGUUGAUGAACUAUCAGGAUACUUUGAAGAUUAUGUUUACAUACCCAAGAAAAUGUCUCAGAUGGCUGAAAUGAUGUACACAUGAUAUUUUCAUUGAAAAUUUGGUUAAAAUUUUUUGUUUAUCUUCAUCAUGUAACCAUGGUAACAUUGUUUAUCUCCUAAUUUGUCACUUAAAAUCAUUUAAUCUCAAUACAUAUAUGUCUAAAGAUUUAUUACUGAUGUUCUUGGAUCAAAAUGACUGACAUGGUUUUUAGCUCACUGUUCAGGGGAGCUUAUACGAUACCGUGGCAUCCGUCAUUAGAUUUGGCACUGGUGUACUGUUUGGCUCAACUUGACCUUAUGUUCAGUUUGAUAUUUGGAUAGUGAGAGUAUAAGAAUCCCUGGAUAGAAUGAUAACACUGCUCUCCCAAAUAUCAACCCUAUAAGUCAGAACCUUCCUGUUUUUGAUUGGUUCAGUGAAGCUGUCCUCGUACCAUUCAGUCUGUCCUGACUCGUAUAACUCGUAGCACGAUUGUGAUGCCAAUUGCGACACAUCUUGUUUCUUAUAUCAACAUUGCCCGUCCUUGUGUGAGGAUGUCCAUGAGUCAAUGGCAAAAUACUGAUUUGCUGAUAACCUGCAUCCUGCGAUCCAAUUGAAAGUAUUCUAUUCUGAGUUCGGUUUUUCAGCAUCACUGCGUUUUGUUGUAAAUGAGUUCCUUCGUUCUUGCAGUCAUGUAUUGUACAGAGAAAGCUUUAAUAUAAUAAAGACCAAUGAUUAGUUGAUCA